UCUGGGCACUACCUCCUCCUUCAUCACUACCACGCCUGUCAUCCUCCUUUUCUGAUUAUUUCCUCUCAUCUUAAGCCAUCCAGGUGAUCCUCUGAUGAAUAUAAAUAUAUAUACAGGGUCAGUACUGCUGACCCUCAGUCAAGGCAAAGUGGGAUCAACAUCUAAAGGUAAAUAAAAAGUAAAUGGAGAGUGGCUGACAGACCAAUUGGAAGAUGGUCCUGGACAUCUAAUCAGAAGCUCCAGUUUGCGCCUGGGCGCUGCGUCAAGACGCACGGAGAGCUGCCUGAGACGCACUUCAACACAACAACCCUCAAGCAACACGGCAACCUGACGAGAAGCUCUGAUGCUCACACAGCGACGUUUCUGUCAUUGAAGGGUGAAGCCGUUCGCAUCCAUAGCCAUGACCUUACUGAAGAAUACCAUCUGGGCUUCCACUUAAAAUGUCUGGGGAAUUUAUCGACACUGCCGCCGAGGACUCGGGGGGACCAGGGCUCAACUUCAGCUGCGUUUUCAACACGACCAACCGCUCCUCCGGCGCCGGGGUCCACCUGUCGGACGUGGACAGAACGGCUUCUGCGGGAGCAGUUGUGAGGAUCAUCAUCUCCGUCGUGUACUCGCUGGUCUGUGCGCUCGGUCUGGUGGGGAACUUGCUGGUCCUGUACCUGAUGAAGUCCAGGCAGGCGUGGAAGAAAUCCUCCAUCAACCUUUUCGUAACUAGCUUGGCGGUGACGGAUCUCCAGUUCGUCCUGACUCUGCCGUUCUGGGCGGUGGAGAACGCGCUGGACUUCACCUGGCUCUUCGGCAAAGCCAUGUGCAAGAUGGUCUCCUACGUGACGGCCAUGAACAUGUACGCCAGCGUGUUCUUCCUGACGGCCAUGAGCGUGGCGAGGUACUGGUCGCUCGCCUCGGCGCUCCGCGGCCGGCGGCGGCGCGCACAGUGCUGCUCGGCGCGCUGCGUCGCGGUGCUCGUCUGGUUCGCCGCCGUCGCCGCCGCGCUGCCGCACGCCGUUUUCUCCACCGCCGUCACGGUUUCCAACGAGGACCUGUGCCUCGUCAAAUUCCCCGAGAGCAGCGGGAGCGCGCAGUUCUGGCUGGGUCUCUACCACUCGCAGAAAGUGCUGCUGGGCUUCGCGGCGCCGCUGGCCAUCAUCUCAGCCUGCUACCUGCUGCUGCUGCGCGUCAUCACCCCCAGGAACACCAACACGUCCAGCGCCAAGCGCCGCGCCAAGGUCACCAGGUCCGUCACCAUCGUGGUGCUGUCCUUCUUCCUCUGCUGGCUGCCCAACCAGGCGCUCACAGCCUGGGGCAUCCUCAUCAAGCUCAACGUGGUUCAUUUCAGUUACGAGUACUACACCGCGCAGGUGUACGUCUUCCCCGUGUCCGUGUGCCUGGCGCACUCCAACAGCUGCCUGAACCCCAUCCUGUACUGCCUGAUGAGGCGGGAGUUCAGGAAGGCGCUGAGGAAACUCUUCUGGCGGAUGACUUCGCCCCACCUGACCACCGUCAGGCCGAUCACUGCCACCUCGAAGCCGGACGAGCAAGUGCAAGUCCUGGUCCCCAUCAGCGCGCCCGAGGAGCCCGCCGUGGUCGUCUACCCUCCGGGGGCGGUGAUGUAUAGUGACAGGCGAGAUCUUCCACAAAACAGCACUUAAUCUCAAGGGCCAGGGACAGUGCACCUUAUAAAAAAAAAUGUCAUUCUUUGUGACUUUCAUUGACAUGCAUUUAUGAUACUUGGACUAUUUCUCUUAGUUGUCAUGAAGUUGGAUCUGCAUAAUUCAGAAGGAUGCGACCAACAUCUCAGUUCACCACUGGGGCCUCUUUGGCAACUUCAACAUGUGUGGUUUUGUUUUCAGCUACUCUUUAAAAAAACAGACAGGGACAUUUCAUGUUUUGAAUGUGUAUAAGUCGCCAAAUGUGCAAAGUAAACUGUGCAAUAAGUAAGCGGCUUGCUGGUCCUCCUUUUUGUUCCCGAAGAGAAUGUGUGGGCAGUACAUUCAUUCAUUCAUUCACUCACCCUGGCAUUCAUUCAUUCACUCAUUCAGUUUGAAGCCACAGGAAUCCCUAGCCAUCAUCACGUUGCAUUAGAUAUCACUGCUUCACUCAGUGCUGAUAUCAGAAUCGUGAGAGAGAAAAAAAUGGAAUGAAUGCAUGAAAUAAGGUUGCCAUGAAUCUACAUUGUUAGUUACAUCACUAUAAUCACCUUAGUGAUGUGAGCUGUGGCUGCAUAAUGGAAUUUUCUCACAUCAAUUUGUUCCCUACAUCAGAUUUUUCUUGUCUCAGGGAAUUUUAUAUUCUAUAUUUAAGUUCUAUAUUUAUAGCAACACAAUUUGCACCUGUCCUACCAAGACAUGUUAUGUAUUUGUGAACAUAUGACUGAAAAUGGCAAACAAUCUUUUUUAUAAUAAGGCCUGCAUACAGAUCCAGAUCUGAAUUCCUUUUCCAAAAUGUAAUCACCUGUUAACAUGGCCGAGCCCUGUCUCUGAUAAAGAAGAAAAGAAACUAUCGAGUGAAUCCAACCAUAACUUUUUUAGUAAUCCUGCUAACAAACAAACAAACAACAAAGCGAACUAAUCUCAUAACCUCGUUGGUGGAGGUAAAAGAAAUUGAUCUGUGGUCCCUGAUUGGUUCCUUCUGGGAUCCAUACUUGGACUGAAUUAUUGGAAAUCUAUAGGUAACCUGCUGAACAUCACCUGUUGAAGACAUGAAGUCAAACUGUCAUAUCUGUUUUCAAUAAAAUUUUA